UCCAGAUCAAUGGGACGACGCUUUGUGGUGAGGAUUUCUAGCUCCCUUGUGCUCACAUUGAUUUUUGCAUCUGGAUACCUGUACUUAAAAAAUGAAGAAUGGCUCGUUAAUAGGUUGAUGGUGUUUCGGGAACUUUUAAGCAACCAGGAAAUCCCACAUCCUGUAAAGAACCUGACCUAUCCGGGCUUCCAACACCCUCUGGCCCCCCCUUACCCUUACCCGUACAAGUUCCUCAUCAACCAGGAAAAAAAGUGCAAAGACCGGAACCCCUUUCUAGUCAUAAUGGUAACUGGUAGGUCUGGUGAUAUCGAUAGUAGGCAUGCCAUUCGAGAAACCUGGGGCAAUGAGAGUAAUUACGAUGUUGAAGUGGUGAGGAUCUUUUUGGUUGGUCUUCCAAUACUCUUUGUGAAAAGAACCCAGAGGAAGCUGGAAGAGGAAAGUGAAGCCUUUGGGGAUAUUGUCCAACAAGACUUCAUGGACACUUACUAUAACCUCACUUUAAAAACCUUAAUGGGCAUGGAAUGGGUUGUUAAAUUCUGCCCCACAGCCAGCUAUGUGUUGAAAAUCGAUGAUGACAUGUUCCUCAAUGUAGACUACCUUGUCCACCAGCUUCUUCGCCCCGAGCUUCCAGUCCAUACCAACUAUUUCACAGGGCAGAUAGUGAAAAAUACAGGACCCGUGAGGGGUAAAGCAUACAAAUGGUAUGUCCCUAAGGAUGUCUACCCCAAUGACACCUACCCACCCUACUGUGCGGGAACUGGUUAUGUCUUUUCUGCAGACAUGGCCAAAAAAAUCUAUGAUAUAUCACAAGUGAUUCGCGUCAUCUCCAUAGAAGACUCUUUUAUGGGAAUUUGCCUUUAUGAACUCCAUAUUCCACCCACUGCGCCCCCUCCAGGUAUAUUCAAUGGUCACCGGAUACAGUAUAAUCGUUGUCGAUUUAACAAGCUCAUUUUGGUUCACCAUUAUAAGGCUACUGAGCUGAGGACAGUAUGGGCAGAUUUUUGGACUAACAAAACUUCAGGGUGCUGAUAAAAGGCAUUUAAAUAUUUU